GCGAGCGAGCGAGAGAGAGGGGAUGGUGAGGGAGUCAAAGGCAGGAAGCAAGCAACAGCCAGUGGAACAGAAAUGCAGGGAGUUUGAGAGAGAGGGUGGAAAACGGAGGCCUGCCACCAACGAGAGGACGACAGGAGCGAAGUGAGGUAAGAGAGAAAGAAGGGCAAGGGUCCAGAGGAAGAAAACACACCGGGAUAACAUCUGCGGGAGAAAACAACGCACCAGAAGGUGGAGGUCAGAGUAAAGAAACAUGCAAGAGAAAGUUUAAAGACAGGACAGAUGAGAAAAACAUCUCCUGGUAAUGACAAGGCCGGGACACUUAAAGAAGGGACACGUCCUCUCGAGAGUCCCCUUCUUGGGCCGCAGAAUGUUCUCCGAGACAAAAGGGGUCGGGGAGCUACGCAUGCGACCCACCACUUCAAACCAACUACAAAAUGGAAUUCAAAGACCCCAAGCGGACAUCCUUGCCUAUUUUGGGACUGGGGACCACGUAACGAACACCUGUGGACCAAAGCAACAGAAUUCCCCCCUCAAUGGAUAUACUGCCAAGAAACAUUUAGCUAAUCGGGGGGGUCAUGCACGGCUAGACGUGACUGGCCAGAUUUGUCAGACAGAGUUAACCAGCGUGCGGUGGAAUCGACCUCCAGGGAAGGGCCUGCAACAUAACAGCGUCUCUGUGAACUACAGCUUGAGAGAAUGCAGCUUUGUGGUCCAUCGGCACCAGAUCGAGCCACACCCCUUCUUGAGGAAGUGUGCUCUGGACGCGCCAACACAGUUCAGAGGUCAUGGAAACUGUGGAGUGGCUGUUUGUGCAGCGGAGCAACAAUCAGGCUCUGUGCGAUGGGCCCUGCUUACAGAACAACAUGCAUCGGACUGGAUGGACGCAAGUGCCACUCACAAUUCGACCUUUAAUAAGAAUGCAGAACUUUGCACUUCUAACGGACAGGGAACUUUAAGUAGAUGCCUGGGACGUGUCAUGCAAGAAUUUAACAGACCUAGUCUGGUGCAUGAAGUUAUGCUGUCUACCAAAGAUGUCAACAAGACCAAUUCUAUGCACCUUAAGUGUCAAGCAAAGGUCUCCCAAGGGGAUCUCAGUGGACCAGGAAGAGGGUCUUACACUUUCAGCUCUAAGCACUCGCAAAGAGCUAUUCGGGACCAGAUCCAAAGAGUUGUUGUGAAUCUCGAGGAGGUUCUACAUGGCCUGAAAGAGAUACAUCUGGAAAUGAAGGAGGCACCUUUGCGGUAA